AGUCAUAAAUAUUUGUUUGGUGUGCAUAUUUAACGAGCUUCAUAAAAAGAUCCACAUAAGAAUAUUCAAAAUAACACAACUACUUUGAAUAAUGGUGUAAAAUGUUUUUCAGUUAAUGUAAAGUGUGUCAAAAAUUAAAUAUAAAUCUACUAAUGCACAUAAAUUGUGCAUAAUUUUUAUAUUCUUUUUUCUAAAGUGAAGUAAAAUCAUGUCGCUGUGGGCUAAAGCACAACAAUUACCCAUUGAAUCCUUACAACAAAUUCAGCAAAUAUAUGGUGCACAUUUUCCUAUUGAGGUUCGACACUAUUUGGCAGGAUGGAUCGAGGAGAAAAUGUGGACCGAUAUCGAUCAAGAUAAUCCUCAAUAUGAACAAUAUGCCAAUACAUUUGUAAGAUCUCUAGUCCAGGAACUUGAACAGAGAGCAUCUACAUUAAAUUCAGAUGAAAUGUUUCUUGCAAAAAUGAAGUUGACCGAAGCUGCUAAGAUGUUUGCACAAAAAUACUACAACAAUCCGUUACAAUUGUUUAAUUAUGUGCGACAUUGUUUAUCAACCGAAAUGCGUCUAGUGCAAGCUGGAGGAAUGACUGGAAUUGAUUCUAUACCCCUUGGUGUAUUUGGUUUAAAUUCUAACACAAUUGCAACAGAGAUUCUACAGGAAUUAAAUGUACUACGUGCAAGAACUAAAGAGUCUGGUGAAGAUUUACGAAAUAUGGAGCAGGAGCAAGAAAAAUUUGCUAUAAGCUACCACAACUGUACAAAAAUGAAUGCAAAUUUACAACAUUUGGCAUCCUUACCAACAAAAACGCAACAAAAUAUAGAAGAAGAGAAGAAAAUUAGAUAUAAUAAAGAAAUGUUAGAAGCCAGCUUGAAUCAAAUGGUUGCUAGACUGCUGGAGUUACGGCUAUCCUUAGUUGAUAAAUUGAAGGGCAGUAUAGACCUUGUCAGCAAAUUACAGAGUAAGGUUUUAGAAGAUGAGUUGAUUCGUUGGAAAAGGGAACAACAGUUGGCUGGAAAUGGUGCUGCUUUCAAUAGUAAUUUGGAUAGCAUUCAGGAAUGGUGUGAAAGUCUUGCUGAAAUAAUUUGGUUAAACAGAACACAAAUCAAGGAAGUUGAAAGAUUGAAACAAAAAUUAGCAAUAGAUCCACCAGGGGUGCCUGAUAUGUUGCCAUCUCUUAAUAGCCAGAUCACACAGCUCUUGAGCUCUUUGGUGACUAGCACAUUUAUUAUAGAAAAACAACCACCUCAAGUGAUGAAAACCAACACAAGAUUCACUUCAACUGUCCGAUUGCUGGUUGGUGGAAAGUUAAAUGUGCACAUGACUCCUCCUCAAGUAAAAGUUACAAUUAUAUCUGAAAAUCAAGCUAAUGCUCUCUUAAAAAAUGACAAACUGGGUGUGAAAGCUAAUGACGCAUCUGGUGAAAUAUUGAACAACACUGGAACCAUGGAAUAUCAACAAGCAAAUAGGCAACUAAGUGUAAGCUUUAGAAAUAUGCAACUAAAAAAAAUUAAAAGGGCAGAGAAAAAAGGCACUGAAAGUGUAAUGGAUGAAAAGUUUUCAUUACUGUUUCAAUCACAAUUUUCAGUUGGAGGAGGAGAACUUGUAUUUCAGGUCUGGACAUUAUCUUUACCAGUGGUGGUGAUUGUUCAUGGAAACCAAGAACCUCAUGCUUGGGCAACAGUUACAUGGGAUAAUGCAUUUGCAGAGCCUGGUCGCGUUCCAUUUGCUGUUCCUGAGAAGGUUCAAUGGAAAUUUGUAGCAGAAGCUUUAAAUGUAAAGUUCCGAGCAGCUACUGGCCGGCAAUUAACAGAUGAUAAUCUAAGAUUUUUAGCAGAAAAAGCCUUCAGAGCACUUCAAGGACCAUCUCUCUCUGAUUUGAGCAAUGCACAAUUAAGUUGGGCACAAUUUUGUAAAGAACCUCUUCCUGACAGAAACUUUACUUUUUGGGAAUGGUUUUAUGCUGUUAUGAAACUUACAAGAGAGCAUUUACGGUCACCUUGGAUUGAUGGAUCUAUCUUGGGUUUUGUGCGUAAGAAGCAAGCAGAAGAGAUGCUGCAGCGUUGUUCUUCAGGCACCUUUCUUUUGCGAUUCUCAGACAGUGAACUUGGUGGCAUAACUAUUGCAUGGGUUGGAGAUGGAGAUGGGGUUUUCAUGCUGCAACCAUUCACUGCCAAAGACUUUACAAUUCGUACUCUUGCUGACCGUGUUUCUGAUCUACCACAUCUCACAUAUCUUUAUCCUGACAUAGACAAAAAUACUGCAUUUGGAAAAUACUAUACACGAUUUGAUGAUAAUGAUACAAAGAAAGAUGGUUACGUACGUCCUUUAUUGAUAACACAUGUACCUGGUUUUGGUACACCAAGCACUACAUAUCCAAACACACCUCAGUCCCAUUAUUUGCAAAGUCCGGAUCCAAGUCGAGAUACACCAUCUGUAGCUAGCAGUUAUGGUGGCCCGGGAACUGUUGGCACUGCCGCGGGAUCUGUUGCUAAUGAUAUGGAUUAUUCAAAUAUGGAUUACUCGCAACAGCUUGACAAUCUGGAUGCACAAUUAGAUCUCGGUGUUUUACACGAUUUAAUUAACUAAGUCAAACAAAAAUAUUUUAUCAGUGUACAUCAUAGGUGAUUUUAAAACUAAUUUUUAAAGUAUUAGACUAAAGGUUUGGACAUAAUUAUGUAACAAGCUUGAAAACGAUAUACUGUAAUAUUGAAUAUCUUAA